GCGCUUUACUGCGUUCUGUGUGGGUGUUGGUGUAGUGCGUUGAGUGCGCGUUGAGUGUUCAGUAUGCCUGAGCCGGCUAAGUCUGCGCCUGCCCCGAAGAAGGGUUCUAAGAAGGCGGUCACCAAGACCCAGAAGAAGGGCGACAAGAAGCGCAAGAAGAGCCGCAAGGAGAGCUACUCGAUCUACGUGUACAAGGUGCUGAAGCAGGUGCACCCCGACACGGGCAUCUCGUCCAAGGCCAUGGGCAUCAUGAACUCGUUUGUCAACGACAUCUUCGAGCGCAUCGCCGGCGAGGCGUCGCGCCUGGCGCACUACAACAAGCGCUCGACCAUCACGUCGCGGGAGAUCCAGACGGCCGUGCGGCUGCUGCUGCCCGGCGAGCUGGCCAAGCACGCGGUCUCCGAGGGCACCAAGGCGGUCACCAAGUACACCAGCUCCAAGUAGAGAGCUCCGGAUCUUUGCUUUUAACCCAAAGGCUCUUUUCAGAGCCACCCACGCACUCAAUGAAAGAGCUUUAAUUACCGUGUUUUA